UCAGCUGUUUAUGCUGACUUCUGGCGGUACGCAAGAACAAAACACACUGCGCGUUAUGAGCGAUUUAUUGGUUAUUUCGCAAAAAUUGUAAACUUUUCAAAUUAAUUAAAAUUAUCAUUUACUUUGAUUACGUAAUGGAUAAUACUGGACAACAACAUGCAACAGAAGAUGGACAGCGCAAUGUUUUGAAUUACCAAUUUUCACCCGAAGAACUUAAAGUACUACAAGAAUGCAACCGAGAAGCAUUCUUUCAACGGUCACUGCCGUUCGGUACGAUGUGUGGUAUUGGAACGUGGUAUGCGGUUCAGAGAGGCUUUUUUAAGGCUAGUGCUCGCUUUGGUGCUGGACCUAAAGUUUUCGUCGGAAUCACAGUGGGAUAUUUUAUGGGAAAACUUAGCUACCAGCACAAAUGCGCGGAGAAAAUUAUGCGUCUUCCGAAUUCAAGAUUGGCUGAACUAAUUCGUCAGCGGCGGCAGGGUACUGCCGGAGGUGUUGAACGAUUGUUACCGGACCAGGGUUUGGGUGCCGGUAGCAUGCUGUCCCCGUUUGGACCAACUUCACCCAGUGAUAGCUACACCGAGAAACAGAUGCAUCGUUCGGAUUCAUUCAAUCUGGACAUUCAUGUUCCACAAUAUUCUGGACUGGACGAUAGUGGGCGACCUACUCUCGAUUCUGAUCAGGCAUUCGAAGAAGAGCUCCAAUUGCCGCCUAGCCCUCAGGUAACCAAAUCUUAUGAAGAACUACGUAGGCAGAACAGAGAGGAGUAUAUGAAACGGCAGCAGGCACCCUAUCGAUCACCGGUUCUAGAUGAUCAGCCGCCGAUUAGGCGCGAACUGGAGCGUCCAAAAUACGAAGAACAACAGUCAUCACAGCCGCAAGCUAAGAAUAAAUACGGAGAUACUUGGUCGCAAUAGAAUGGGCAAAAUGUCACAAGGACAAAAAAUGGAUACGAUAAUGCACGUUGGAUUCAUGAGAAGUUCAUUUGUGAUGCUGGAUCCGAUAACAAAAACUAAUAAUCUUUCAACGCUUAAAACUAUUACAGCUGUGCCACUUCGUACAAAUAUGCUCCGAGUAG